UUCUUCAGUGAUUUCAGCACGCACACAGAAUGACAUGGUACCACUACAGAGCUGGACCUUACACAGAUUCUUUUCCAACUUUUAGACAAUGCUGGACAGAAACCAGUGUUUUGAGGACACAUUUGGAACGCUGGAGCAGCCGAGUCUGAGGAUAUUUAACCUUUGAUGUUUACCUCUGCAAAGAACAACUUAGAGCAUUAGAGCUGUUUUAUUUUUAACAUCACAGAGGAAAGAAAACCAGACGGACGGAGAUGGAGACAAGCCAGCCACCUCCAAAGCCCCCGAGACUCACGGUAGAGGAAGAAAAUGCACUGGUGUCCCAAGUGCUGGAGAUCAUCGGGGGGUUCACGGUGGAGGCCCUGCAGUCCCUGGAUCAGCCUGAGGAGAGAGAUGUGUGGUUGAUGGAGGAAGGAGACGACUCUGUGUUCUACAGCGAUGAAGACCAAACUCAUCAGGAUGUAAAAGGCGACGCAUCUUGUGAUGCUGGUGCAGAACCCGUCCCUCAGAGGGACGUUGACAAGGACAAUUUAGAGAUGGAGAAGCCAACGACUCUCCUGACAGAGCGAGAAGAGGAAUGCCAAGAGCUCCAGAGUCAAAAGAUUGAACUCGUGCAUGAGUCAGAUUCUACACAUGCAGGAGCAGAGGCUGAUCCCAGUCCAGAGACCUUAGUGAGCACUAGCGGAGAAUCUCUGCAGCCAAACUGUACAAAUGCAGACGUGCAAACACAGGCUGGGCCAGAUGCAUCAUCAGACACAGCAAAUCUACAAGUCACAGAUGAGAAAGAGGCUCAGACCCCAAAUCCUGAAUCUUUACAUGUGACUAAGGAGGAGAGUUGUACGAGGCUGAGGGAGGAGGCAGACGUCCAGAUAUCAGGUGAUAGAAGAAUGAAGGAAAAGCAGAGGCCUGAGCAGGACCCUAACUGCCAUGAUCCUGUGGAGUUUCGUCAGGGCUCCACCUGUCGGGGCUACUCCACCCUGCCUGCACAGAAGAAACCCGCUGACGAGAAAUCCUUCGAUCACGUCAACUUGUCCAAGUACAGCACAGUGUCCUACCGCAAGAUCCGCCGAGGCAACACCCGCCAGAAGAUCGAUGAGUUUGAGUACAUGAUUAUGAACUUGUAAGAAACUGCUGGAUAUGAACCAAAGCAAAGAACGAGUGUUAAAGGAAACUGAUUACAUGUUUCCUAUAUCACCUAACCCUAUCACACAUCCAUAUUUAUUAUUAGUAUUAAAAUCGACUUGUAGAUUGCAUUGAAAGUGUUUGAUAUAACUCUCCAGUACAAACAGAACUAACAGACAAAAUGAACUGUAACUAUCUGUUUUGCAGUCUCUAACAUGAGAGGAGUCUCUUGGCUCUUCAUUUGGUUUCAGCCUGGAAACAUCAUUAUGUAAGGCAGGUAUUUAAACAGCAGAUUAAAUAAAUAAGAAGCUCUGAGAUUUAUAAUCCGACUAACUGUAAUAAGUAAGAGGUUGUUUGGCAUUAGAGCUUCAGGAUCUAAACCUCUGGAGAGACUGAGUAGUGAAACUAUUAGAUGAAGCAUUGUUGAGUGAUUAACUAAGCCUGCGUACUUAUCCACACAGUAGGAAAAAAAAUAAUAAUAAUAAAGAGAUAUGCAAUUAAA